AUGGAGAGUGAUGGCGACAGCGCUACUGAUCGAGAAGAUAGCUUAACACGAGUACCGGCUAAGAGAAAGCGUUAUAAGCAGAAGUUUCGGGAAGAAUGGUUGCUGAAUAAAGAAUAUAGUGACUGGCUAAGAAAGGAUAAUAGGGACUUAUCGAAGGCGGUCUGCAAUGUUUGCAAUACAUCUUUCAGUGCCGAAAUAAGUGUAAUAAAACGCCACAAAGAAGGAACUAAACACGUGAAUAAUUUAAAGAGGUGUAGUGCUUCAACGUCCAAAAAACAACAGUCUAUAGUAAGCGUUUUUAAAUCCAUGCCAACUAAUGAAAAGCAAUUGGUAAAGACUUCAGAAAUAAAAUUAGCUGCUUUUGUUGCUGAGCAUAAGGUAUCUCAUAAUGUCAUGAAUCACUUAGCAGAUUUGUUACCAAAGUUGUUCCCAGAUUCUCAGAUAGCCAAAGAUAUUAGAUUAAAAAGAACUAAAGUUCAAGCUGUGAUAAAUAACUGUAUUGGGGAAACUGAAAAAGAAAACUUGAUCAGUGACUUGAAAUCACAAAUGUUUUCAAUUUUGAUAGACGAAAGCACAGAUAUUGCUGUAGUAAAAACAGUAGCUGUAGUGGUCAGGUAUUUUGAUCCAAUGAUUGGUAAAGUUAUCACUCGGUUUUGGAAUUUGAUUCAAUUAUUUGAUGAGAAAACCACCGAUCAUGUUGCAAAUGCCGAAAAACUUUUUAAUACUGUUAUAGGUUCAUUUCAAAAGUAUGAGAUUCCUACGGAAAACAUCAUAGGUUUCGGCUCUGAUGGAUGCAACACAAUGAUGGGAUGUAACAAUUCAGUUUCAAGUCGAUUUCGUCAACGUUGUCCAGGCAUAAUUGUGAUCAAAUGCAUUUGCCAUUCUCUGCAUCUUUGCGCUAGUGACGCAUGUAAAGAGCUUCCACUAAAUUGUGAAAAAAUGGCGCGAAAUAUUUAUAAUUAUUUUAAAUCCAGUAGUAAAAGGCAGAGUGAGUUGAAAGAGUUCCAGUAUUUUGCUGAGGCGGAUGUGCACAAAAUUCUAAGACCAGCCCAGACUAGAUGGUUGUCUUUAAAUGCAGUAGUGCAAAGGAUUCUGGAACAAUGGGAUGUAUUACGUCUUUAUUUCAAUAGCAAAUGGCUGGAAGAAUCGGAGUGCCACGAUAUUCAUGCAUGCCUGAAUGAUCCCAUAAUCAAGGCUUAUUACUAUUUUUUGGCUUGGAUGUUGCCAAAAUUUACAACAUUAAAUAGCUGUUUUCAGAGCGAAUCUAUUUUAAUUACGAAACUACAUGGGAAAAUGACAGCUUUUUAUAAAGAACUGUUACUAUUGGUUUUACACAGAAAUUAUGUAAAUUCCGCUCCUAUUGAAACUAUAGAUCCAAUGACAGAAAUAAAUCACAAGGACCUAAAAGACAUAUAUCUAGGUUUAGGUGUCCAGAAAGAACUAGAUUCUGUUGAAAAUGAAGAAAGAAAGUUAACUCUCAGAAAGAUGUGUAAAAAUUUUAUUAUUAGAGCUUGUGUGGGCCUUCGUAAACGAUACUGUUUUAAUGACAAAAUUAUGACAGAAAUAGCAAAAUUUGAUCUAGAGAAAGUAAUUUCUGAUGACAGGGAAGAGUCAGUUUCGUCGUUAUUUCCAUUACUGCCCAGAAUUGCCCCAACUUCAAUCCAACAUCAACAAGAACUAGAUGAUGAGUGGCGGAAGUUGCCGUUAUACUACAAAGAUUUGGAUUUAAGUCAACCCCCUGACGUAUUUUGGCACCAGGAUCGAGACAGCAACUUGUCGGUGCCAGCUCGAUGGGAGGACAGAAAUCUCCGCAACUACCUCAACAAACACGAUGUUGAGAAGGCGAGCCGUUGGAUAGGCGGCAUCUACGAUUACAGUGCUCGCGCGUGGAAGUGGGGUGGGGAGUUGCGCCAGAUGCACUAUCAGUCGUUCUCUAAGAUGAAAAAGCUGGCCCCCGAGGAGCUCAAGUGGAACUGCAUUGCCAUGAUGCCAGAACUACUAUACAGAUGGGCACCACGAAGCUGCGUCGAAGCAAGGCAAUACAUUUGCCAAACGAAACUCCGCAAGGUGCCGAAGUCGAAGCUAAAAGAUCUCCGGCGACGCUGGCAACGAAUGGGCAAGAUCAAUGAGAUAACAGCACCCAGCGUCAGCAGGGAGGUCAAUGACCCCAUGUCCAAUGACGUUACGAGCAACCCUAUACUCAAUCCGAAAUCCUUCGACCUCCGGCCCAGCCCACUCAGAGUUGGGCCGAAGGGCCACGAACGCAGACCAAACCCAAUCCGAAAUAACCCGAAACUGUACAAUCUCAGACCAAAUGAGUUAAGGAAGAGAUCCAGACCAAAUGCGCAUAGACGGCUUACAAGACCAUUCCCCGGUUACAAAUGGAACCGUCACGAUCCGGAAGCAUCGUUCCGUUACAAUGCGGAGCUCCUCCGUUCCGGUCGCACAGGCCUCAGUCCUCAGCAGAUCAAAGGUCACCUCGCCCGCCUCCAGCAUCUACGAGACAAGCAAAUCCUGCGCCGCAAACGCCUGCGUGACAGAGAGGACUGGCUGGUUAAUGACGCUCGACCAGCGCUGACGCACACCCACGUCAGGACGUACACAGUGGACAAUAACAUAAGCGCACUCCACCCAAAGACGAUUGUUGAAGAGUUUGACAUGAUACCGCCGCCGCCUCCCAUGGCACUCCCCCGUCCUGCGCGCGGCGCUGGAUAA